AUUAAUACUAUCACUAAGUAUCACUAUCACGAACGGGAUCAAGUGCCAACAUUCACACGCUAACUUGUUCUCUGCGGCAGAGUGACGCAUUCAAGAUGCCGGAAAUUUACCUUUUGGUGUCGAUCUCCCACCAAAUGUGCGAGGUAUUAAGCACGACGAGUUCGUAUAAAUAGGAGUGUUCAUUGACGCGUCUUGUCUCAUUCAAUUCAUCCCACAUCCUCACCUCUCAGAGCAUCUUUGAAAACUAUGCCUACUAUCUCUACCGCUGCAAAAGUCCUCGUCUCAGGCGCCAACGGGUUCCUCGCCACGUGGGUGGUGCGCUCCUUCUUGGAGCAAGGCUACACCGUGCGCGGCACUAUUCGCUCGGCGAGCAAGGGAGCGAAUCUUAAGGAGCUCUUCAAAUCGUACGGCGACAAGCUCGAGUUGGUGGUCGUGCCCGAUAUCACUGCGGUGCGUGUGCAUGGAUGGUGUUCAUGGGCGAGAUGGCGGGACGACGAUGCUCAUGUCCGAAUUCCAGGAGGGAGCGUUCGACGAGGCUGUCAAGGGCGUCGAUGGGAUCGCACACACCGCCUCGCCGUUCUACUUCAAUGUGACCGAGCCCUCUGGUAUGUUUGGCGCUUUACUGCUCUCCGCGUCUGAGUCUCACACCACGCCAUAGAGCUGAUCGAGCCCGCGGUCAAGGGUACAGUGGGGAUGCUCCAGAGCGCCCUUAAAUACGGCUCCAAUGUCCGCCGUGUCGUCGUCACGUCGUCGUGCGCGUCUAUCAUCGACCUGACCCACACGAAGCCGACUGUCUUCACGGAAGAACACUGGAAUGAUGGAGCAGUCCAAGAGGUGGAGGCCAAAGGCGUCGAUGCCAACAAUGGCGCUAAGUACUGUGCGAGCAAGACCCUGGCC